AUGGUUCUGGAGGAAGAUGCGCAGACCAAGGGGAAGUGGUUUACCUACUUCAAGACGAAGCAGUUCUGGAUUGUUUUGCUCUUGGGACAGGUCCUUGCUAUCUGUAUCACUAGCACCAACACACUCUCUCAACUUCUCAGCUUCGAGGGGACAUCCAUCCCGGCUUUCCAGUCUUUCUUCAACUACGUCCUGCUCAACAUUGUCUUCUCCUCCUACACCAUAUACAAAUAUGGCAUCAAGGGGUGGGGCAAGUUGAUCCUCAAGGACGGCUGGCGCUUCAUCAUUCUCGCCUUUUUCGACGUCGAGGGCAACUACUUCGUCGUGCUCGCCUACCGCUACACGACGAUCCUGUCCGCGCAGCUCAUCAACUUCUGGGCCAUCGUCGUCGUCGUCAUCAUGUCCUUCAUCUUCCUCAAGGUCCGCUACCACUGGACGCAAUACGCCGGCAUCCUCGUCUGCAUCGGCGGCAUGGGCAUCCUCUUCGGCUCCGACCACAUCACGGGCGCCAACGCCUUCCCGGCCGCCAAUCCCGUCAAAGGCAACCUCUUCGCCCUCCUCGGCGCCACCUUCUACGGCCUCACCAACACCUUCGAAGAAUUCCUCGUCUCCAAGCGCCCCCUCUACGAAGUCAUCGGCCAACUCGCCUUCUGGGCCAUGAUCAUCAACGGCGUCCAAGCCGGCAUCUUCGACCGCGCCUCCUUCCGCACCGCAGUCUGGAACGCUGACGUCGGCGGCUACCUCACGGGGUACACGCUCGUGCUCUCCAUCUUCUACUCCCUCGCCCCCAUCAUGUUCCGUCUCAGCUCCGCUGCGUUCUUCAACAUCUCCCUGCUCACAGGCAACUUCUGGGGCGUCGCGAUCGGCGUCAAGGUGUUCCACCUCAGCAUUCAUUGGAUGUACCCCAUCGCGUUCGUGUGCAUCAUCAUCGGCCAGUUGAUUUACUUCGCGAGGCAGAGUAUGCUGGCCGAGCAGACGAAGCCGUGGCUUGGGGAGGAUCAGGCGGAUGGUGUCGCCGGUGUGGGGACGGCGAGGAGGAGGGUCGAGAAGCCGGAUGCUAUCGUUUAG